UACUCACCAACUGUGUACAUCGAUCUCGAAGGCGUAGACCUCUGCCGCGAAGGCUCCCUUUCCAUCCUCACACUCCUGAUCAUACGGGGAUUCCGACCAGACGGGUCCAUCUCAUCGACGUACCUAUUUUAGGUGCGCAAGCGUUUAAUACUUCAGGGGUUGAAGGGAAGACGCUAAAAGAUAUUCUUCAGGACGAAAAGAUUCCCAAGGUCUUCUUCGACGUUCGCAACAAUUCAGAUGUCCUAUUUGCCCAUUUUGGCGUGGCGUUGCAGGGUGUGGAGGAUGUUCAGCUGAUGGAGAGUGCUACGAGGAGGACAAUGGCAUCGAGGAAGUUCUCGAGUGGCCUGGCUAAAUGCGUUGAGGAGAAUGUAUUCGUGUCG